UCCAGUGGCUAACAGCCCAGGCAGUUCUCAGAUGCUGGGCCAGAGGAAACCAGGAUCUGAAUGACAGAGCGGGGAGAGAGGAGGGACUCUCUCCACCCUUCAGCCUGAUCCCUACCUGAGGAAUCUCCACUUUGAAGACGCCAGUCUCCGUGGCCUUGUGUCCUGCUUUGGGUGUGAACCGGUGUUCUCCCGCCUUGUGGAAGGGAAAGUUCAAACCCAUAAGCCACAAAGAGGGCUCACUGGGCACUGCCACCAUGAGCGAGGCAUUUGACUGUGCAAAAUGCAAGGAGUCCUUGUACGGCCGCAAAUACAUCCAGACAGACAGCGGCCCCUACUGCGUUCCCUGCUACGACAACACCUUCGCCAACACCUGUGCCGAGUGCCAGCAGCUCAUCGGGCAUGAUUCAAGGGAACUGUUCUAUGAGGAUCGCCACUUCCAUGAGGGCUGCUUCCGCUGCUGCCGCUGCCAGCGCUCCCUUGCUGAUGAGCCUUUCACCUGUCAGGACAAUGAGCUUCUCUGUAAUGACUGCUACUGCACAGCGUUCUCAUCCCAGUGUUCUGCCUGUGGGGAGACUGUCAUGCCUGGGUCCCGGAAGCUGGAGUAUGGAGGCCAGACAUGGCAUGAGCACUGCUUUCUGUGCAGUGGCUGUGAGCAGCCACUGGGCUCCCGCUCCUUCGUGCCUGACAAGGGUGCCCACUACUGCGUGCCUUGCUACGAGAACAAAUUUGCUCCUCGGUGUGCCCGCUGCAGCAAGACGCUGACCCAGGGUGGAGUGACAUACCGCGAUCAACCCUGGCAUCGAGAGUGCCUGGUCUGCACUGGGUGCCAGACACCCCUUGCAGGCCAGCAGUUCACAUCUCGGGAUGACGAUCCCUACUGUGUGGCCUGCUUUGGAGAACUCUUUGCACCCAAGUGCAGCAGCUGCAAGCGCCCCAUCACAGGCGGGAGCAGCGGCGAGGGCGCAGGACUCGGUGGAGGCAAGUAUGUGUCCUUCGAAGACCGACAUUGGCACCACAGCUGCUUUUCCUGUGCCCGCUGCUCCACCUCCCUGGUGGGCCAAGGCUUUGUACCAGACGGAGACCAAGUUCUGUGCCAGGGCUGCAGCCAAGCAGGUCCCUGAGCCAAAGCUCCUGACUCUCCUUUUUCCCAAACCAAGGGUUCAAGACUAUGGCUCCUUUUUUGAACCACUUCUGGGGCCCAGCCCCUCCCUAAAACGGGCCUCCCAUGCUCCCCACUCUUGGGGACUUCAGGAUUCAGCCACCCAGUUCUAACAUACCCCACUGGUACUCCUUGACCCAAGCUCCCAAAUCUGGGCUCUUGUGGAACACCCAUGACUUAAACCUUUCUCCAAGUCUGGACUCCAGAAAUGAAUGCUCCCCACAUCAAGGCUCUGACACCCCAGCCUUGCAAACCUGGACUCUGAGGCCUAGGCCUCCUUAAAUCUAGACUUCUAGGGUAGAUUUUUAGUUUUCCUGCAGGUGCCUAAGAAGUCUUCAAAAGUAGAUCAUACCUCCCCCCCCCUCCGUUUGACCUCACCCCCAUCCCACCCCUAUCUCUGGGCUGCAGUCCUAUGUAUAGUAGAUUAGGGGCUCAGGGUGCUGUCCAGCCUAUGCAUACCGUGUUAUUUCAGCUCCAUGUUGCCCGGAUAGGCAGCAGGAAGGUUGCUCACCCUGUUCCCAGAGAAUGCAAUAAAGCAGUGUGAGGGA